AUGUUAGCCGUACGGUUGGUUGUUGUGGCUUUUGCUUUGGCUGCUGCUGAGAAGAUGCAAGUUUGGAGUCUCACAGGCAGUGGCUCCUUGACGAAUUUAGCUGCGAAAAAGUGUUUGGCCGCGCAGCCUGAUGCUGCUGCUGGGAGUGCUAUUGAGCUAGCGCCUUGCGAUGAAGCAGGGAAGAGUUCAACCUGGGAGCUGCAGGCCAACGGACAAAUAAAGCUUGGGGCCAGCAACAUGUGCCUGAGCCAAGCAGGGUCUUCGCCUGGCCGUGCAGAUCUUGCCUCUAGCUCCGCAGUUGUUGCUAGCUCCACAUUGGACCCUGCGCACGGAGCUGCCCUUGUUGUUGAUGGUCUCGCAUCAUCCUAUUGGGAAUCCAAGUUAGACGAAGCAGGCCCUGUGUCUUUGACGCUUGAAUUUGACAAAGCGGCGCCUGUGCUCGAAGUAGAGCUUGAUUUUGAAUUUGCCCCUUCUUCUUUCGUGCUGCAAAGCUUGGGGGCAAGUGGUAAAUGGAUUGACGAGUUUGCAACUGACACCAACAUCCUUCGAACCGCCAAGCUCCCACUGGCCGGUGGCCCGGCCUAUGGCGUGAGGCUUGUGAUGAACAAAGCGCAUGCGACCCAAGCCGUGCUGGGAGGUCAUUCCAUCUUUAAGGUACGUUCCUUCAAGGUCCUUGCCCCACUGAUGCGCCCGGUUGUGGAGCCUUGCGUGGUGGCGGCCAAGAGCAGUGAUGCUCGAGACAAAUAUUUUGCCGUGGCCGUCGGCUCCUUUGAUCCUUCGUCUGGUGCGGCGCUGCGGUCGGAGCUUCCUGCUUUGGACUCUGCCGGCGCAGCAGUUGCCGCCGCAGUGAUGGAGCUUGCGGAAGCAGUCCCAGAUGCGCGUGCAUGCAAGAAAGGCGCUGCCUUCAAGUCAAAGGCAGGACGCCGCCAGACAGUAUCAUCCACUCGCAAGAGUCUUGGAGGAGCAGAAAUUGGCGAGCAGGAAGCUUUGUUUGUCGAGGCCAAGAAAACCAUCAUCGCCGCUCGCAGCAUUUUGCAAUGA